AUGUAGCUUACUCUUCAUAAAUAGUAAUAAUACUACUCUAUUGACUAUAUUUUAAUUAAUAACAACACUUAAAUAUAUUUAAAUACUAAUGAUAACUAUCUAUUUACAUUUAACACAUAAAUUAUUGUCUACGAAUUGAAAAUACCAUAAUUAUAAAUUAAUUUAACAGAUUCAUAAGUUUAAAGAAUUACUUAUGAUAUUACAAUUUAUGCUAAAUUAUAUAAUCUAACUUUCACCAGCAUUUAUAAAAUGUUUAUAUCUAUUAAAAUUGUAAAUUAGAAUGAUAAAAAUAUUUAUGUAAUUUUCAAUAAAAAUUUCCCUCAGUAUCAAUAGAUUAGUGACGAUGAAAAAAAUGAAUAAAUCUUUGUAGGCUAUUCAGGCAAAUUACUCUAAUAUACAGUGAAUACAGAUAAUAAAUAAUUUGGAUGUUAUAAUCAAACAACAUAUGAGGAUGGAUUGGUGAAGAUAAAAUCAAUCAUUUAACUUGGCCUAAUUAUACAGCGGCUAUGGGAGAGGAGUUACAAAUGAAUCAAUAUAAAUCUUUGAAUUAUAUAUAGAGGAAAAUUCUUAUAAGACUUUGAUAGAUACUAAUAUUUCUAUUUAGGAUCAGUAAUUAUAAGUUGCUUAUAUCCUAAAAGACCACAAUUUAAUAAUCGGAGUUAGUGAUGAUUAUACAAUCUAGCUUCAUAUAUAGUCUAGUUAUGACAAAUCCCUUUACUUCUCCUCAGAGUUUAGGUUUGAAUAAUAAUUUUAAUAAUUUUUAAUUACAUUUAAUAAUUUGAUAACUUUGAUUAUAAAUCCAGAAUUUAAAUCAUGA